AUGAGAGCUAUCGUCACAGUCAUUCUAUCUAUCCUGGGUCAGUCAGUACUGGCUGGGGCCAAUGCCAUUGACAAGCGCUCAUCAUUCACCCUGUCUCCUACCGUGCAGAAUCCUAGUCCUGAAUAUGUGAAACUCCUGAACCAUUCCAUCUUAUUUUUUGAAGCACAACGAUCUGGCAAGUUGCCUGACGACAACCGUGUUUCAUGGAGGCACGAUUCUGCUCUCACAGACGGAUCCGAUGUGGACCAUGACCUCUCUGGUGGAUACUAUGAUGCCGGCAAUUAUCUAAAGUUUACAUUUCCUCUGAGUUAUACAACAUUCAUGCUAUGCUGGGGAGGCACAGACUAUAUCCACGGUUAUCGAUUGGCGAAUCAAACGAGAUAUUUGCGAGAGCAAGUGAAAUGGGCUACAGAUUGGCUGAUAAAAGCACACCCCUCUCCAUCUACGCUAUUUGUUCAGGUGGGUGAUGUUAAACUUGAUAACGAAUCCUUUGGCCCCGACUCAGAGAUCAGGAAUCCACGACCCAGCUACCAAAUCAACGAGACAGAUUUUGGUACAGAUGCAGCGGCAAUGGCAGCCACAGCGUUUGCGAGCGCCUCUGUCUUUUUCAACAAUCUAGUAGAUAUCACGAAUGAGAACCAAGAUGACCGAAAAUAUGCAGACACAUUGCUUACGCACGCCAUCCAAUUAUAUUCAGCAGCACGGAACAUCUUGCCAUAUUCUCGAUAUCAUAAAUCCGUGCCUACGAUGAAACAUGUGUAUAGCAGUUCAGACUAUGUGGAUGAGCUAUUGCUCGCAGGCGUUGUUCUUUACAAAGCCACUGGACAGCAAUCUUAUUUGGAUGACACGAUAGAAAUGUAUAGAGAGACCGAAGAUUUAAAUAGCCAUAUAGAGCCUCUAGAUUGGGAUAAUAAGUGGGGAGCAUUUUAUUUGCUCCUGGCAGAAGCCACACUAGAUUACCGGGAUCAAAACGAAGCUUCACUUGUUCGUGCAGAGACAGAACUGUACCUCGAUGGUAUACUGAAUGGUACAACUGCCAACAAGACGGAUGGUGGUUUGUUGUUCUGGGACGCGUAUAGCAAUUCACUUGCAAUGAGCACAAGCUUUUUGUUGCUGUCUUACUCUGCCAAGUUACUGCGACCGUUAGCGGAAACAAGUGCAAAAAAGGAUGCUUUGCUAGCAAAAGCAAAAAGAUAUGAAGAUGCUGCAAAUAGUCAAAUCGACUAUAUAUUCGGAAAGAAUCCUAUCAAUCAACAUUACGUAGUAGGUGAAAGACCCAACUCGCCGAAAUACCCGCAUUCUGCCCCUGCAAGUGGAUUUACUUCACUCAAGGAAGCGCUAGCGCACCCUAAUGACCUAUCUCACGCUCACACUAUCUAUGGAGCACUGGUAGGAGGGCCCUCCAGAAACGACUCAUUUGCAGAUGUUCGAUUAGAUUGGUCUCAAACAGAAGUUGCCCUCGACUACAAUGCUCCUUACCAAAACAUCCUAGCAUAUCAAUUAAUGUUUCACCCCGAGGAUCCAUUCUACAUAAUGCCCAACGAUGAUGGCUCACCUUCUGUAGAUCAGCUAGAAAACGAGGCGAAGCUACCAGCUUGGGGCUUUGCUCUGGCUAUAGUGCUUCCAACCUUGGUUUUAAUAGGUAUCUCGGUCGGCGCAUUUAUUCUGAUCAGACGUCGUCAAAGAGAUCAUAAAAUUCAAGAGGAAGUCGUCUACGCUAUUGAUAGUGCCAAGAGCAGGUAUGGCCCCCAAAGAGGAAUUGCAAUAGAGGGGCAAAACAAGGCUGCUGCCAAUCUACUUGAUGCUAUGAGCGACUCCUCUGGUCAGAUGUCCCUGAAUGACACCAUGACGGAUGGCGUUGGUUCUACGAGCGUCUCCAAUGAAAAACUGGAUCUGCCAAACCAUCGCAGCAAAGACUUGACAACCUCAUCAGCAGUUAACGAGAAACAUCAACAUUAA